UGUCAAAUGUCAUUAUUGUCAGUGUCAAAUUUAGUUCUGACGUGACAUCUGUGUACAUAGUUCUUAAUGAUUAAAAAAGUAUUGAAAAAACUAAUUAUGAAAUUUUAAUGAAGUAAGAAUGUCUUCUAAUACAAGAGAUUUUCGACCUGUAUUAAAGAAGCAUGGGCAAAUAGCCGUUGAAGACAUUCCCGGUUUAACAUUCUGCAAACCUCGUCUGAUACCGCUGAAAAGUUACACUCUUGAGAAACUAGAGAAAAUGCAACAAGAAGCUCAAAAGACGCCAACAGAAAUAGAGAAAGAAUAAAAUUUAUAACACGCAUAACAAUUCAUUCCAAUAUGAGUUACACUGCUUUAGUAUCGACGAUAUUGUUAUCGUUUAUUUUAUCGGCCACAGUGCUCUAUCGAUAUGGAAAUUGGUUUAGGCACCGAAUAUUUGUAACAUUAGUUGUUUUGCUAGCUUGGUAUUGCAGUUUUCUGAUCAUAUUCGCACUACCCUUAGAUGUAAUUUCUACUGUAUACCGACAAUGCAAACACGACAAUGAAACGAACAUAGAAGUCCUUAAUUCCGCUGAUACAACCAGUAAUAUUACAAUUACUUGCGAAAUCCCUUGGACGAAUUUACCGAAAGAAGUCUUUCAAAAUUUAUGGAGAAUAGUUUAUUGGAGUACACAGUUUUUAACAUGGUUAGUUAUGCCUAUGAUGCAAUCUUACAUCAAAUCCGGAGAUUUCUCUGUCAAAGGAAAGCUCAAAUCAGCUCUAAUCGAUAAUGCAAUUUACUACGGUUCUUACUUCUUGAUAUGUUGCAUUUUGAUUGUGUAUCUGUCCCUCAAGCCUAGUGUAGGCCUCGAUUGGUCGAAAUUGAAAGCCAUAGCUUCUUCAGCUAGUAACACUUGGGGUUUGUUCCUGCUCGUUCUAUUAUUGGGAUACGCUCUCGUAGAAGUACCCAGACGACUUUGGAACAAAUCCAACCACAGUUUAACCCUAACGGAAUCUUAUUUUAAAGCUGCGAAGUUGAGUUAUGAUAAAUGUGAAGCGGAAGAGACUGUAGAUGAUAUACUAGAGUCUUUACAAGCGAUAUCGUUGAGGAUACAACCCGGGCAUCCGCUCUAUGGAUAUUUAGAAACGAUCUUGCAGAAAGUUCCUACAGAAUUGCAGGAACGAAUGAAAAGAAGACAGUUACCGGAUGAUACGCCUACCGACCCGCCCAGUGAAAAGGCCCUCAUUCGACUUCACAAACAAACUAUCAAAUCGUUGCAAGUGCUUCAACGCACCGAAACCCAAUGGCAUUUAAUAGUAGAAAAGGUGUUCGAGUUGGAGGACACGUUGAAGAAUCAAGUGUCCCGCGAGAAGGUGUACAAAAGGACGUUCGAGAAGCGUCGGGGUUGGUUCAGGAGAUUCGUUUACACGUCGAAGAUGGAAUGGUAUUGGAAGUGCCUGUUGUAUUGCUACUUUCAGAAAUUGCUGGCGAUCAUGGCGGGCGUGUUUUCCGUUUGCGUCGUUUGGUCAGAAGUCACGUUUUUCAGCGUUCAUCCGCCUCUUUCGAUAUUCGCGGUGAUCGUAAAAGUGGCAAAGAAAAACUACGAUUACUUUACAAUAGAGGUGUUGUCUACUAUUAUAAUUCUGUAUCUAAGCUACUGUGCCUACUCUACUAUACUUAAAAUAAGAGUGCUUAAUUUGUACUACUUGGCUCCUCAUCAUCAAACCAACGAGUACAGUUUGAUAUUUUCCGGUAUGAUGUUGAGUAGGCUCACGCCUCCGCUUUGCUUGAAUUUCCUCGGUUUAAUCCACAUGGACAGUCACGUGAUUAAAAAUCAAGUUAUGGAAACUUCCUAUACACAGAUUAUGGGCCAUAUGGAUGUCAUCGGUAUUAUAUCCCAUGGUUUCAACAUAUAUUUCCCAAUGGCUAUUCUCUUAUUUUGCUUCGCUACUUACUUCAGUUUAGGAUCGAGAAUGCUAUCUUCUUUCGGAUACCAUCAGUUUAUAGACGAUGAAAUGACUACUGAUUUAGUAGAAGAGGGACGAGAAUUAAUAAAAAGAGAAAAACGUAGAAAACAACGACUAGAAGAAUCAUCUUCAAGAAGGCGAGACUACCACGAUAGAUUCCCAACUACUGGACGAUUCAGGCAACCAAGAAGCACCGAAGAUCGACAGCUAGAUAAUUUAGAUAACAGCCGUUCGUCGUUGAGAGACGCCCACGGAUUAGAUUCGUACAGUGGCACUAAAUAUACAUCGGAAAUCGAUACCAGGUUCCCGCCGAGCGAGGACGAUAUAGACGUGAGAUUCGGUGCUAGUACUGGAAUUAGCGAACGUUUCGGAAACCCCAGCGAAUUGGAGGCCCGUUUUUCUGAUAACUACCAAUUGGACGGGUUUAAUAGGAGCAGAGUGGGCGCCUCGCCCAGGGGAUUCUUCGAUGACGUUUAAUUUUUUCUCGGUUAAAGUGCUAUCGAUUAUUUGGUUUGUUAUAUAUUCAUAAUUUAUUUUGUUAACGUUUCAAAUGUUUAGUUGAGUAACAUUCAAAAGACUGGAAUUUUAUUUUAAUUAAUUAGACAUUCCCGGUAACAGUACAUUCAUCUAGUGUAUAGUUGUAGUAAAUAAAAUUGUGGAAUAUCAAUAAUAACUAUUUUGUUACUAGUAGGAAAAUAUUUAGGAUACUUUAACGCUUAAGUCUAUUCCAAUUAUUUUGUUUAAAAUCUAUUUUUUAAGAUAAGUAGCUAAAUAAGUGGCUAAAUGAUUGGGUAAAUUUUGUGUUAUGAUGAAUGUGCUUUGGAAACCUUAUAAUUACUUUGAAAUUAUACGCUUUAGACGUUUCACUUCAUUUAUGUGCUUAUAAUGGCGAGGCAAUUAUUUUUGUGAUCGCUUUUCUUUGUAUUCUAGUCAAUAUUAAAUGAUAUAAGUCGUGUAAUAAAUAAACAUUGUUAAUUUUUAGAGAUUUUCAAUGAAUUCACUUAAUAAAAAAUUGAAAAACA